CCCCUCUGCAUCACGUGAUUUCGCUCAGUUCAUAUGUAAGAUGAAUCAUCUAAAGAACCUCGCACUCUACGGUCGGUAUCAUGAUGACUUCUACUCAACAUCAUCGUCGAUGGCAUCAACUACAAAGAUUGAGACUCUUCAUGACCGGUGUGAGAAUCUCAGUGAACGCCCCUCUGCAUCACGUGAUUUCGCUCAGUUCAUCCGUACGAUGAAUCAUCUAAAGAACCUCGCACUCUACGGUCGGUAUCAUGAUGACUUCAACUCAACAUCAUCGUCGAUGGCAUCAACUACAAAGAUUGAGACUCUUUGUCACGAUGAGGAUCUCAGUGAACGCCCCUCUGCAUCACGUGAUCUCGCUCUCUUCAUCUAUAAGAUGAAUGUCUGA